UUCUAGUCUAUGCUCGGGUUGUAUGGUGGUCGAUUUAUCAAUAUUUUCCGUAAAUUGUUUGAUAAAUUAAGGCGGGAAGUUGUUUUUUGUAUUUUAUAACGAAAAUGAGUGUCGAAGAGGAUGUUAUGAAAAUACAAAAGAAACUAACCAAGAUGACAUCGGACGAUGGCACGGGCCAAGAAGAAGCCUUGGAACUAUUGAAGACUCUCCAGACUAUGGCCAUAAAUUUAGAUGUUCUUACUAAGACCAGAAUAGGCAUGACAGUCAAUGCUUUACGCAAAUCAAGUAAGGAUGAAGAAGUCAUAUCCUUGUGUAAAACUUUGAUCAAGAAUUGGAAAAAGUUCUUAUCAACCCCUGGUACACCUGCCAAGGAUUCAGGCAGCUCAUCAAAACCAAAGAAGGAUUCCAGCAGAGAUAAAGAUCGAAAAGAUGAGAAGGAGAAGGAUAAAAAAUUGCAAGCCUCAUUCCCACCUCAAUCAAACACCACCGAUGCUGUGAGGCUUAAAUGCAGAGAACUUCUCACACAGGCACUAAAAACCGACAAUGAUUUUCUUAGCGCUUGUGCCACUCCCGAAGAAUUGGCUGAGGAAUUGGAGGAGUGUAUCUAUAUGGAGUUCAAAAACACUGAUAUGAGAUACAAAAACAGAGUCCGAUCCAGAGUAGCAAACCUCAAAGACCCUAAGAAUCCAACAUUGAGAACCAAUUUCUUGAAUGGAGUUAUCUCUGCUAUUCGUCUUGCAAAAAUGACCCCAGAAGAGAUGGCCAGCGAUGAGAUGAAGAAAUUACGAGAGAAGUUCAUCAAAGAAGCUAUCGAUGAUGCUCAGUUGGCCACUGUACAGGGAACUAAAACUGAAAUGCUCAAAUGUGGCAAGUGUAAGAAGAAAAAUUGCACAUACAACCAACUUCAGACCAGAAGUUCUGAUGAACCUAUGACCACGUUUGUUCUUUGCAACGAAUGUGGUAACCGCUGGAAGUUUUGUUAAGACUGCUUUUGAAUAUUUUAGACUUAUAGUGUAUCUUUUAUGGUAUGAUACACUGGUGUAUCAAAUAAAAUAUUCUUCACUUUUACUAUGAAUUAGUUCCCAUUUCAUUUGCAUUGACCUUACUGCUGAUUGACAGUGAUAUCAUGUUAGUAGCUAAGGAAAUCUUAGUUUAAAUUUUAAUAAAAUAAAUUAACAUGCUUUAAGUUGUAAA